AAUAAAGUGUCUAAAAAUGUUUUAUUCCCGUUUUUCUUCUAAUUUUGAUCUGCCAUAAAAUCCAAGCGACGAAUACGGUGGACUGUUGAGAUGAAUGCCCUGAGAGCAUCAUACGGAGAUACUUCCUCCGAUUCCGAAUCCGAAGCGGAUUCUGGUCCGACCCAUAUACCCGAACCGAUUCAAUCGGCCACCCCUCUUCCACCACCUCCUCUGUAUCUUCUCCAGCCCCCAAGCUCAUCAGGUUCAUUUGAUUUUCCAGUACAGACAGACCAUACCAAUCGAACCCGUAACUUUCCUCAUGUUGAGGGUAAUUACGCUUUGCAUGUUUACAUCCCAGUCACUAUACCCGUUACACCGAGAAAGGAUUUAGCGCUGUUCCUGAAAAGGGUUGCAUCAGCAGUCCGUGAGCUUCAUGUGGUUGACAUAGACAUCCCGUUAAGUAACUACGUUAAGGACGAGCAGAAAAUCGAGCAAAUUGUGUUAGGGAGGGAGUUUCAUGUGAGUUUGGGAAGAACUGUUCCAAUUCGGGUGCAUCAACGAGACUCGGUAGUGGCUAUGCUUCGACAGAGGCUACAGUCUCAUAAGAGGUAUUGGAUUGAUUUUAACAAGUGGGAAGUUUUUGUCAACGAUGAUGGCACGCGAACAUUUCUCUCAAUUGAAGUUACCACGGGUGGCUUAGCUGAGAUAAGGAAGCAAAUUCAAUCCGUGAAUGAAGUUUACAAGCUUCAUAAUCUUCCAGAGUUUUACAAGGAUCCACGUCCACAUAUAUCUAUAGCUUGGGCAGUUGGUGAUAUAAGCAGUUCUUUGAAGAGGGUAGUUGGAGAAGAAAUGAGGAGACAAAAUAAUGCCAUUGUUGGAGGGUUAUCACAAAAACGGCUUUUUACCUGCAAAUUUGGUGGCAUUUCGUGUAAAAUAGGUAACAAAACAUACGAGAUAUGCAAAGUUCAGGAAGAAUGACCGAGCAGCUUCGUAAAUCUUCUAUGCAAUUUAACGAUAUGCUGAUAUUCCUCAUGCUAAUAAACAAAAAGAGCAAAUCUAAGGAAAGCAUUUCAGAAGUCAUUUGUUGUUUACGGAACAAUACUGUGUUCGUGCGAAAUCGGUUCUCACCCCAGUAAUUAUUCUAAGAUUUUUUGUAAAAUUAUGACAUUGUGUCUUAGUUCUUCUGUAUUGGUUCAUCUGAUUUCAGAACGUUCGGAAAAAAAGUCUAUUGAUAGUUGCAUGGAAAA